AUGGCUUCCUUUCAUAGUCACCUUCUCACAGUUUUGCUAGUUUCCUCUUUUUACUUCUGCACCUUGGGGUCACUUGAUAGCCUGCUUGAGAUCUACGGGUUACCAAGAGGCCUCUUUCCCCAAAACGUGAAAAGCUAUAGCCUCGACCAAGAUAACAUCCUUAAGAUUGAACUAGAAGCACCAUGUCUUGUUAUGUUCGAAACAUAUGUGUUCUAUGAAAAGGUGGUCAGAGCGAAUCUCACUGAGAGAAAGCUCUUAGGGGUCAAAGGAUUAUCAAAUAAAGAGCUCUUUAUCUGGUUACCGGUCAAUGCCGUUGUAGUUAACUACCCUACUGCUGGUGUUGUUAUGUUUGACAUCACGGUGGCUAACAAGACCAUACCCUUGUCCCAUUUUGAGAAACCUCCUUCAUGCAGAUCUGAAGGUCAAAUGCCAUUGAAACCCAGAGAAGGUGGCAGUGGGGUUUGGAUUUGA